AUGAGCAUUUCCGGUUCCAUCCCCGAGCCAAACAUCCCGGACUACUACGCGGAUCUGGGUGUGUCCCAGCACGCCAGCUCCAAGGAGAUCAAGGAUGCCUGGCGCAACGGCGCCAUGCGGUACCAUCCCGACAAAAUGGCGCCGGGAAAGACAAUCGAUGCGAAGGAGUUCCGCAAGAUUCGCGAGGCGUAUGACCACCUCAGGGACGAGACUAAACGCGCCAGAUACGACGCACACUACCCCGAGAUUCGGGCGCAGUGGGCCCAGUACCGCAAGCAACAGGCGGCAGUUCAGCAGCAGCAGGAGCAACGAGCGGCACCUACCCAGGAGGAGAUCCGGCAGAGACGGGACGCAGAAAGAGAAAAGGCAGAAGAGGCGGCGCGCCGCCGGAAAGAGAGGGAGGAGCGCGAGAGGCAGGCCGAGGAACGGUCUCGCGAGGCGGCACGCAAGGCGCGGGAAGAGCAGGAGCGCGCUUGGGAGCGGCUUCGCAAACUGAAGAAGGAGGAGGAGGAGGAAGAGAAAGAAAAACGGAGGGUUCAGGAAGAGCUGAGACGGAAAGAAGCGGAGGCAGCAGCGGCGGCGGCGGCGGCGGCGGCGAGGGAGAGAGCGCAGCGGGAAGCAGCAGCGAGGGAGCAGCAGCAGGCGCGGCGGGAGAGACUGAGGGAGGCAGAGCGGCGGUCGGAGGAAGCAGCGCGGAAGGCGAGGGCCGAGCAGGAGCAGGCGGCCCGGGAGCGCGUGAGGACGGCGCAGAUCGAGGAGAGGCAGGAGGACCUGCGCCGGAGGUGGGCGGGCCUCAGGGAGUCAAGGCACGCCGGAGGAGCGCGGCAGCAGCAGCCGGAGCAGCCGCGCACGGCUGGCCAGUGUGUCCGCCCCGGCAUUGGCUGGGCGAGAAGGAACGGGCGGACGACGUGUGUGUUUUGUGGGGUCGUCCGGAGGAAAUUCGCGAACGUGUGCCUCGGCUGCUUGGUUGUGGCGUGCCCGGAUUGCAUGGCCAAGCAUUGCGGUGGGAAACACUGA